AACAUUUGCCUUUGUGACCGGCUUCAAGCAUGUCGCAGGCAAUUCCUCUAGUAACUAUCGCGGCAGUGGUAAUAGCCGUUGGUAUCGCUAUUGGAUCAUUGGUCCUCAACAUUAUUAUCCUCGGCAAUGUGAACACUCUCACAACCACCGUUAACAAUAACCCAGUCUAUCAUUACACCCCAGCUCCACAAGUAAACUCAACUCCUGGUACGGUUAACACUUCUCCAUCUUACACACAAGCUGCCAAUUAUUUGCUGAAUGGACUUGAUGACACCGUUGAUCCAUGCCAAGAUUUUUACGCUUUCACGUGUAAUAAGUUCCUUCAAAACACCGAUCUCCAAAAACUCGGCCGAUCUCGUCUAGGAACCUAUGAUCAAGCUCAAGUCGACGUCUACUCUGAAAUUGUUGCCGCUCUCAGUAAAAUUGAUGUCACGAGCACCACAACCUCCAAGACCGAAAGGAUUACAAAAGCGGCUUUUGAAACCUGCAAGAACAACUUGGCAAGCCCAGCAGACAAGACCGCAGUUGUCUACGCUGAAAUCACAAGUUUGUUUGGAGGUGUUCCAUUCUUCGGAGAGCCACUGAAAACAAAUGUCGACUAUUGGAUGGUCGCUGGACAAAUCGAGCAGAAACAUGCUGUCGGUACAUUAACAUACACCAUUGCUUCUUCCGAUUAUAAAGAUCACACCAAGAAUGCUCUUUACACUGGACCGCCGGGACUAUCCCUUGCUAGAGAUUUCUAUGUGAAACCGCAAUAUAUCGCUGAAGUCAACCAACGUGUCUCCGAUGUCAACGAUCUUCUGACGGCGUUUGCUAACGCUGCUAAAAAAAAUGUCGGAGCCGAUGCACUUCUUGCAGCUGCUCAAGAAGUUGUCAACUUUGAAGUUCAAAUUGCAAUGGCGUCCUGGCCUGAUGAUUUGUUGAGAAACUAUCAGCAACAGUAUAAUCCAUACAACAUUGCUUCAGCAACCACUGCUUAUCGUGCCAUCAACUGGAAAUCUUACCUCGGACAGCUAUUUCACGGUGUUGCCAGCGAUGCUGAUCAAGCCAACUACAAUAUUGUCGUAACUGAGCCAUCCUACUUUGCCUGGUUGAACAGUGUCUUUGAUGGAAAAACUUCCAACUCGACCGUAGUCGCCAACUACAUGAUUGCUCAACUUUUGGCCGACGAAUCUGACUUCAUCAACCCAGCAACUGCAAAAGUUUCCUCGGACACAAAUUAUAUCCAUUAUGCGCUGAGAAAUGGACGUGGAAUCAAAAAAAUCGGGAAGAGAGAGUACAGAAUGGCUGAUCUUGAUGGAAUCUCUGAAGGUUGCAUGGAUCUUCUCACUGCUUACAUGCCAUACGGAACUGGAUACGUAUACGUAAAAUCGAAGAGUGAGAGAAAUAAAGUUCAAGCUGAUGUCAAAGAUCAGACUACUUUGAUCAUCAACAACUUCCAGGGUAUGAUUGAUUCUCUCAAUUGGAUGGACACUUUUAGCAAGAACCGUGCCCAUAACAAGUCUGACUCAUUGGUGAAAAACUUUGGAUGGCCAGAGGCAAUGUUCGGUGACUUCAAUGACUUUACAACAGUUGACGCUUACAACCAGGAUUAUGCUUCUAUUAUCGACCUUUACACCAAAGACAAAAAUGAUAUCUAUGGAAUUUUUGCUGUAUUGAAGAAAGGAAUGGAAGUCAGAGAGUUCUUCCGAAUUAUGGGUGAACCAGCUGAUAGAACCAAUUUCCUUCAAUCCCCAGCCAUGGUAAACGCCUGGUACCAACCGGAACGUAACUCAAUCACUUUCCCAUACGCUGCUUGGAACCCACCAUACUACAACUUGAACUAUCCACAAGCGUACAAUUUUGCUGGACAAGGAGGUACUGGAGGACACGAAUUGACUCACGGAUAUGAUGACGAAGGAGUGCAAUUCGGUUUCAAUGGAGAGCUGACUGAUUGUUCGUGGAACAAGUGUGGAUGGAUGGACACGAACUCUUCCUCUGGAUUCAUCGACAUGGCUCAAUGUGUUGUCACUCAAUUUAGUACACAAUGUUGCCCAGAAAAGACAGGAAAUAUUCAUUGUGCAAAUGGAGCUACGACUCAAGGAGAAAACAUUGCUGAUUUGGGAGGACAACAGGCUGCAUACAGAUCAUACAGACAAUAUGUUGCAACCACUAGAAAAGGUGUUGAAGAAGAUAGACUUCCAGGAUUGGAGAAUUACACUCCUAAUCAAAUCUUCUGGAUCACAUAUGGUUACUCAUGGUGUAUGAAGCAAUCCGACGCCAAUUUAGUUCACCAGCUUCUUACCAACCCUCACUCACCGGCUCAAUGCAGAACCAACCAGGUUAUGCAAGAUAUUCCAGAGUUCGGAAAAGACUUUGGAUGUGUUCGUGGUAGCCCAAUGUACCCAGAACCAUCCGGCAGAUGCAAGGUCUGGGUUGGACAAUAAAUUUGAUGAUUUAUCAAUUGUUUACCUGUUGAAACGCGUACUAUUAUUAUUUUAUAAUAUUUUCCUACUAAUCCUGUGUUUUCCUACUAAUUUUCCAGCUAGAUAUACUCGUCAUUGUUCCCUUCAAUGCUUUGAAAAGACAAUAAAAACUUGGUUUUUAAACAUUACGGA